AUUUGCAUAACAAGAACGAAGUUUGAAUACCCCAAUAAACUGCACUUUUACAAAGACUUUGUAAUGAUGGCCAGUGCAGAUGACAAGCCAAUGAGAAAGUAGAGGCGUGCUGUAAGAAGUUUUGAAUUUAUUUCUGGCGCAUUACGAAUUUGGAGUUCGCUUGCAAGGCGAAAGUAGAAAUGGUGCUACCAAAAGAAGGCAAGAAAACCGAGAAAGGAAAGAAAGCUUUAUCUGGAGUCGGUGUAGGGGCAGAGAAGAAACGGCGGUCGAAAAAACGCAAAGAGAGUUAUCUCACUUACAUCUACAAAGUCCUCAAACAAGUGCAUCCCGAUACUGGCAUAUCCACGAAAGCAAUGGGCAUCAUGAACUCGUUCGUGAACGAUAUCUUUGAGCGCAUCGCUGGCGAAGCUUCCCGCCUGGCGAACUACAACAAGAAAUCCACCAUCACGAGCAGGGAAAUCCAGACGGCCGUUCGUCUGCUCCUUCCCGGUGAGCUGGCCAAGCACGCCGUGAGCGAGGGAACCAAGGCCGUCACCAAGUACACCAGCAGCAAGUAAGCCGUUGUUGUCGGUGCGAUUUCACUGACUCGGCUUGGACAUAUGAUAAAAGCAUCACCACCAUUUCCAGCUUGGAAAACCGUUUCAUUUCUACUAAAAGGCUAAAUAUGUAUAAAUUGAUUAUUUGUGUGUGCUCUACGCUUAAAUAAAUGGGCGAAUAUUUAUUUAACGAUUAUUCCCCCCAUUAUUCGCCGAACGUGAGGUGAAUAGUGCGCGCGUGCUUGUGAAGUUCCCGCCAUGUUUAUACUAAAAAUGGAUAUGGGUUAUAAAUAAAGAAUUUUUUUUUA